AGCACGCGCUGGAGGCGCAGGAGUUUCACUCUGCUCCCGCUCAUCCGCCUCACUCUGCGCAUUCGGAUUUAUCCCGUACCGUUGUUCACCGCGGCAUCGUCACAGGUGUUUAUUUCAGUCUUUACUGCGGGAGGAGCUCGGCGGCCAAUGUGAGGCUGGACAGUCCGCAGUCUGACGCUCCGACCACCCUCAGCAGCUGCUCACGCUCUAAUGUUGGGAGACAAGGCGCACGGAGUGACAUUCAGGGUCAUGGAAUACACGUAUGACGAUGACCUGGAAGAGCUGUGUCCUGUGUGCGGGGACAAAGUGUCCGGAUACCACUACGGUCUGCUCACCUGCGAGAGCUGCAAGGGCUUCUUCAAGAGAACCGUGCAGAACAACAAGAGAUACACGUGCGCUGAGAACCAGGAGUGUAAAAUCGACAAGACGCAGCGGAAGCGAUGCCCGUUCUGUCGCUUCCAGAAGUGUCUGACCGUUGGCAUGCGACUGGAAGCCGUGCGCGCAGACCGCAUGCGUGGGGGGAGGAACAAGUUUGGCCCCAUGUACAAGCGAGACCGAGCCUUGAAGCAGCAGAAAAAAGCUUUGAUACGGUCCAGCGGCCUCAAGCUGGAAAGCGCGGCCCCGCCGCCGGCCUCUCCUCUGCAGACGGACUACGGCUUCACCGGGACCUUGCACGGCCUGCCCACCAUCUCCAAAGGCCUCCUGCCCUCCACGCCCGGCUCCAUCAACCCCACAGACUACGAGGUCAACCUGUACGCGCCGCCGUCCCUGGGCAUGGGCAUGCAGCCGCACGCGCCCCUGGGCGCCCAGUACCAGUACACGGCCUUCCCCAGCCGCGUCAUCAAGGCGGAGUGUCCCGACUACAGCAGCUCGCCGGAGUCCCUGGCCGGGUACCCCUACCCGGAGGUCUACCCCUCGGCCUCGCCGCAGCUGCCCAGCCUGCCGCCGCUGGUGCUGGAGAUGCUGAGCUGCGACCCGGACGAGCUGGUGGUGCAGAACAAGAUCGUGUCGCACCUGCAGCAGGAGCAGAGCGGCCGCGGCGGCGGCCGGCAGGAGAAGCCCGGCACCUUCAGCCUCAUGUGCCGCAUGGCGGACCAGACGCUCUUCUCCAUCGUGGAGUGGGCGCGCAGCUGCAUAUUCUUCAAGGAGCUUCGGGUGGGGGAUCAGAUGAAGCUGCUCCACAACUGCUGGUCAGAACUCCUGGUGCUGGAUCACAUCUUCAGACAAGUGCAGCAUGGGAAGGGAGAGAGCAUCCUGCUGGUGACGGGCCAGGAGGUGGAGCUGUCGUCCAUCUUGGCCCAGGGGGAGGCCACGCUGUCCGGCCUGGUGCAGCGAGGUCAGGAGCUGGCGGCCCGGCUGCAGGCGCUGCAGGUGGACCGGCGGGAAAUCGCCUGCCUGAAGUUCCUCCUGCUCUUCAACCCCAAUGUGAAGCUGCUGGAGAACCAGGCCUUUGUGGAGGGCGUCCAGGAGCAGGUGAACGGGGCCCUGCUGGAGUACACGCUGUCGGCCUACCCGCAGUUCCAGGAGAAGUUCAGCCAGCUGCUGACGCGGCUGCCGGAGCUGCGCGCGCUCAGCACGCAGGCCGAGGACUUCCUGUGCUUCAAGCACCUCAACGGCGAGGUGCCCUGCAACAACCUGCUCAUCGAGAUGCUGCACGCCAAGCGGGCCUGCGUGUGAGCGGCGGCCCGUCCAGGACCCGGACUGCAGGUGUGGUGUUGUCUGGACCAUCUGGUGCCCGUCUGACGGAGCUGCUGGGCACCUUCUCCACCAUCACCACGGCCCCUCUUCAUGACAGCAGCGCUGCUCACCGUCAACUCGCCUUUUCACCCAGGGUCAAAGGGCAUGGAGGAUGGAGACACUUGGACUCUUGUUUGUUAGCCACAGGUGCGGAGGACAUGUAGCAGAUGAGGACCGGUCCAACUUGCGGACCUUUCCUGGGGCUUGGUUUUGGCUGAUUCAGCAGGUUCCAGUUCCAAGUCCGAGCCCUGCCAGCGUCCAGUCCUGCUCGGCUCCGUGGAGCAGUCGGGCACCAACACAGAGGACCACUGUGACGCGCUCCGCCAACCCACAUGGCGGCUUUCAAAGAGCUCCUGUCGCCGCGUGCUGCUCGUGUCUCUCAGCUUUGAAGAUGUUUGAUUGAAACUUUAAAUCUGACGUUGCAACAAUCGAGAGGAGCCGUGACGAAACCUUGGAAAAUGGACGACGGCAUCAGUGCUGAUGGAGAGGAGCAUGGACAGUAAACCAAAAUGGGCGAAUGCUCUUUAGCCUCCAUCGUCUCGUGGAGCCUGGAGUCCUCCUCCUCAGCGUGACCUGCCUUUGAUCCAGGCGCUUCUCACCUUGUCCUUCCUGCCCAAGUGUCUUCGCUCGUGAUGGGCUGGUGUCAGAGCUCAGUAGGUGGCGCUCUCUGCUCGUCCAAAUCCAAAGCACCAUCUAGUGAGCUCUAAACGGAGGACACGGUUUGGUGACGGGUCGGCGGUCGUCUGUUCCUGCUCCACCAGGCCUGCACUCUCCUCUUCACCUGCCUCACACUCUAAAUCGAGACAGUCUGCCCCCACUAUGAAGGUGGUCCCCGUCUCACCUGCAGCAGACCUGCCAGCAGCUCCACCCCGGACGUGUCAGACAAUCUCUCCGCCUCCUGCCUUAACGCCGUGGCUCCAUGCUGUACAGAGUAUUUAUGUUGUGAGGUGACGAUCCGCUCCACUCCUGCUCAGCUCAGGAGGGGCUUCCUCUGUCCAUAGCUUCUGUUGUGACUGGUUCUCUCAUGUCGUCUGGGUUCUGUUUCCUGUGAGCUGACGGUUUGCUCCGUCUUCGACGGGCGCUUUUCUCCAGAGCAUUUUGUUUGUUUGGAAUAUAUUUUACUGUAAUAGCAUCACACCAAUAAAAGGCGAUGAAAAGUGA